AUGGCGGGCACGCUCUGGCCGUACUCUCUAUUGAUUAUCCCACUCCCAGUGUUCAUCUACACCAUCCUGUUCCAAUUCGCUCGAAAGUCCAUCCGACAGUUCCAGCAACUGGACAGCGUCUCCCGCAGUCCGAUCCAAUCCCUCUACUCCGAGGCCUUACAAGGCAUCGUCAGCGUCCGCGCCUUCGCCUCCGAGCUGCGCUACAAGGAGAAGCUGGCAAGCUUCGUGGACAGCAACUCGGCGGCGGUGCUCACUUUCAACACCUCGAGCCGCUGGCUUGGAGUGCGCGUGGAGCUCUUGGCUGCAUUGACGUCCGGACUGGUCGGCUUGGGCUGCUGGCUUUUACGUCAAGAGAUCACCGCCGGGCUGGUCGGCUUGUGUUUCAUUUGGACCACAAAUCUCUCGACGUCUCUGGGCUUCAACUGCAUCUUCUCAAGCCAGGCAGAGGCUGUAUUCACUUCCGUGGAGCGAAUGGUCGAAUACACGUCAGAUGUUCCUUGCGAAGGGGCGCAUCAGGGACUGGACAGCUGGCAUGGAGCGACAGCUCCAGAAGGCGAAGAGCUGCGGCCCUUAGCCGCUUGCCAGACCGAUUCUCCACUUCUGAUCUUUGAGAAUGUUGCGCUGCGCUACCAGCCAAAGUUGCCGUUGGCACUGGAUUCGAUUUCGUUCGAAGUAGCGGCAGCCCAGAGGUUUGCUGUUGUCGGGCGCACCGGCUCAGGCAAAUCGACGUUAGCUGUGGCUUUGUUUCGGCUUUCGCCAGUAGAAGGGGGAUCCAUCCGCUUGAACGGAGUGGACCUUGGAUCUCUGCCGCUCGACGUGGCGAGGAAGUCGAUUGGCAUCAUCACGCAAGAUCCUGUCAUCUUCAGUGGGAAUGUGCAAUACAAUCUGGAUCCCUUCGGUGAGUUUGACAAGGCGGAUUGCGCAGAAGCGCUCGUGCAAGCCCAACUGGCAGAAACAGUGGAACUGGAAACCCAGAUAGAACAAGCUGGUUCGAACCUGUCCAUUGGUGAACGCCAGCUUCUGUGCCUUGCGCGCGCUUUGCUUCGCAAGCCGCAGCUCCUUGUGUGCGACGAGGCGACGUCGUCCGUGGAUGCGGCGACCGAUGCCCAGGUCCAAUCGUGCCUGCGAAAGGCAGCAGGCAAUGGCACCGCCUUGCUCACUAUCGCACACAGGUUAGCGACCGUUGCAGACUAUGACAAAGUCAUGGUUUUACAAGCGGGCAAGCUAUUGGAGCUGGGAAGUCCGGCAGCUCUGCUCGAGGAUCCUGCCUCGGCCUUCUCUUUGUUGGUCGAUUCUCUGGGUCAUGAAGCCACGGCCGUGCGUAGCGCUGCCACAAGAGCAGCACGUCCGUGGAUCUUGAACAACGUAAAGCCGGAGGGUGAGCCACAAAGCAUGGGAAGCUAUACCGUCAUUACCUUCUCGGAGGCUCAGCAGGAGCGCUUUGCCAUCGACUCCCACGGAGAGCCAACCGACAGUGCCCAGUUCAGAGCUGCGCUGAAAGCUCUCAAGGAGGAAAGAAUGCAGGGAAAGCAGAAGACGGAUGCUGCCGAGGCAGUUGUCAACUCUGCCUCGAAGCCGGCUCGCCGCACGGCCGACCGUGACGCCUCGAUUGGUCAUCUGAGCAGGGUUUUCUUCAUGGUGUUAGUGGUUUGCGAAGUGGACUUCUACGGCGUUUCGACGGUGCAGAAGGCAAGAUUGGGCUGGUCGGUGGGGUGUGAGCUUUUGACGGAUGUGUUCCAAGUCAGGCCCUUCUUCGAGCUUUCAGCUGCAGGUUUCACAGCCUGCAGCGCAGUGUACAAAGAGUGUGCUGUUUCGACCGAUGUGGAGGAACAGGAUUGGAGUUUUGUGCAAGAGUGCCUGUCGAAGCUGCUUUGUCUCAGCGUGCUGUCCAGCGCAUCCGCUUGGAGAGAAGAGGCCUUGGAUUUUUUGGUACAAGAGUGGCAGAGGGAUGGAUGCGGUGGUCGUUUGAGCUGUAGCGCGACAGACCGCAGAGGACCACCAGUGGGCCUCGCCGUACGAGCCCUGGAUUGGCCACUCAGCAAAGACGAGAAGCGGCUUUGUGCCAUGAAGCUCUUCCAGCAGGAGGUUGAGGCAUCCGCAGAUCAGUUGGAUGAGCAGUCCGAGCAGAUUGACGAGCUGCACGCGGAGAUCAAGGUCUUGAGACGGCUCUCCACCUGUUCCACGGCCGCGGGCUCCGUGUCGCCGGCUUCGGGCGAGGCACCUGAUCACUGCGCUGAGGCCGAGCUGCGAGUACCAGGCCCUUGCGAGGAAACAUUGCUCUCGGCAGUGCAAGCGUAUGAUGGCGCGAGCCAGAGAAACCACGCGCAACCAAAUCGGUCGCCGGAGCAAAUUGCCAAGUUCUACGGCGGCUGCGAAGAUCACGCAGCAGACUUUUGGGGCUGCGUGGCUGACAAGGACGACCUCACUCCGUUGGAGGCGGUUAUGUGGCUUGCAAGGUCUUUACCUGCUCCGAUCCUGGAGGGACGGUCAAGGCACUGGCGAGCGACGCUCCUCCAAAGUGGCCACGGCCGUUCAGGCUUUGAGGAGCUUCGUGCACGGGCGUGGGCAGCAGACGAGGCGCAGACUCUUCGACUGGAGGCGGAACGCGAGCUUCGGCGAGCUUUCCGAGGUGAAGAGUUUAUGGAAAGUCCGGGCGUUCCGGAAGCAAUUGUCGAGAUUGCUCAAACUAUUUCGGCUCCAAAAGGCGAUCAUCUUCCUGGAGCCACGCACAUCGCUGCCUUGCUCAUGUACGGCCUCCUUCCCGGCGCCACGUUGGAGGAGGCUCAGGCAGAUGCGUUCUGGUGUUUUUUCCAGUUGCAGACGAAGAAAGCCACCUCGUCGACAGACCGCAGAGCCAAACGCCUGCAGGAGCUGCUCCGCACCUUCGAUGAACCGCUUUGUGAGGUCCUGACACGGCAGGGCCUCAUCUUUGUGGCUGCACGCUUGGGCGAGGCGCAGUUCGCAUCGGGCGGCUUCGCGGCAGAGAAUUGUGCGCAGCUGUGGGACGCCAUGCUCAACGAUGCAGAGCGCUUCGCAUUUAGUGAUUGGCUGCUCUGCGCACUGAUACUGCUGAAGCGCUUCCAGCUUUUGCGCAUCUCUGAUGAUGCCGCGCAGCUGGCGGAGGCCUUGCAGAAUUUGCCCCGCAUCGUACCAGUGGAGCGCACACUUCGCCUUGCCGCGGCGCUGCGCGCUGCAGCGCGACGGCGGCAACGAAGAGAGACGAAGGCGAGCCGAGCAGGAGGACGUGUUCACUCACCUCCGGAGGAGGAUGCCCCGGGGCCCUUGCAGAUCCUCGGCUCCUUCUUCGGCCGCGCCAAGGAGAAGGGGGUUGAGGCCUUCGAGGUGACUCGGAGCGUGGCCCGCUGCGCAUGGCGGCCCGAGCGGUGCUGCCGUGCCACUGUAGAGCCUCUCGAAAAAUGCCACGAGGAGGAGAUGCAGCCUCUGCGGCGGCGCAACACGACAGACAGCUCAAAGACAGACUAG